UUAUUUAGUUAUACAAUGAGACCUUCACAAGCAAUGUUAUAUGAAAAUAAUGCAUUAAAAAGCAAAAACUGUGUUACAUUCACAAUUCACACAAUUAAAUUUGGCAGGAACCAUCGUCAUCGCGGUACCGUUCAUCUCUUUGAUACAUGUGUGAAAGUAAAUAUCUUCUUCAUUACAAUUGAAAGCCCCUCUAUCCAGCCAAGUAUAAAACACACAGAAUGUCUAGCAAUUGGCACAGUCAACACUAGACCAGUCAGAUCAAGCAACAUGAAUUUAUACACCGUGGUUCUCGCCUUCGCCCUAGCAGCCGUCGCAGUUGCCGAACCCCCAUCCGGGUACAAUUACAACCGCCCAGGCGGCAACGGUGGAUUCUCCCAUGGCGGCGGCUACUCGUUGGGAGGCGGCAGUUACUCUUCCGAACCUAUCGGUUACCAGACCUCUGAAGGAGCAUCCGUCGAUCCACAACUUUUGGAACAAGUACGUCAAAUCCUCUUGAACGAAGAACAGAACCAUGCUUCUGCUUCUUCUUCUAGUUCGAUCAGUUCUUUCCACGGAGCCCCAUCUCCACAAUACGGAGUGCCAUCUUCUUCCUAUGGAGCUCCAGGUGGCUACAGUGCCCGCGUUGUAGGAAUCGAUCUUGAAGGAAUUAAGCAAGCUAUGCAAGUAGCCCAAUUCCAUCAACAAACUCAAGAGGCUGGACACGGUUUCUCUGGGUAUUCAAGCGGACCAGCUUCCAGUCCAUCCAGCUCAUACGGAGCUCCUUACUAAAUGUACACUCUUACCAAGCCAUCAUCAAUAUUAAUUGUUUUAGAAUUAAGUGUAAAUAACAUCAUAUUUGUCA